GCUUCCCCUCCAUGGCGUCCUCGGAGAAAGCGAUAUCCUGCCGGGAAAGAUCGCUACCACAACCGACAGGUCUCAUUGGACCCUGGUGUAAGUGCUGAAGAUAAAGGCAGAGGAGCAGAACAGGAUUGCUGCAUUUCCGCUGAGGGUUAUAAGGCCUGGAACCUUUUUACCCGAGUUAUAUACAAACUGCCUCUCCCAGGUUCUUCUAUCUCCAAUUGCCUUCUUGAUUUGUUUUUGUCUUUGUUUGUAAAGUUUACAUCAGCGCCAUGGACUCGACAGACGAAUUCAGCCCUUAUCGUGAGGAUGGAAAGCUUUACGGCUUCGUCUGCGUAGUAACCGGCGCCUCCCACCCCAUAGGACAAGCCAUCAUCCAAGAGUUAGCCGCCCACGGAGCGGCAGCCAUCUACGCAUGCGACCACCCCCCCUCCUCUAACACCACCACAACCGCCCAAUCCACCUCCCUCCCCUCCCCCUCCCCCUCCCACCACCUCACAAAAAUAAUCCCUUACCCCACUUCCCCCCCCUCCCCAGCAAUAGAACACGAAACCCUCGCCCUAAUCGACGAGAUCCUCGCCUCUUUCGGCCGCCUAGACAUCUGGAUCUGCUCCCCCAUCCCCCUUCCCUCCUCCCCCCCGCCCUCAAUCUUUUCCACCACAACCCCCAUUCUACACUCCCUCUUCGAAACCCACGCCCUCGGCCCAUUCUUCGCGUUGAAGCACGCCCCCGCAGCAAUGGGCAAGUUAUCACCCCAAAAGGGGGGCUACCCAAACGCUGUGAGGAAAACGCAAAAAUACGGGAGUAUCAUCACUGUUAUUGGUGGUGAAGGGGAAAAGGGAGGCGGGGUGGGGUACGAGAUGGUACGGGGUGCGGUUUUGGGGGUUGUGAAAGGGGGGGUUGGGGUGUUGAAGGGGACGGGGGUGAGGGGGAACGCGGUUUGCGUUGGUUUUGUCGGGGAAGGGGGGGAGGAGAGGGAUGAUGUGCCGCUUGGGAGGGCUGCGAAACCUAGGGAGAUCGCGAGGGUGGUUGGGUUUCUCGCGAGUGGGUUUUCGAGUUAUGUCACGGGGGCGAGUUUGGUUGUGGAUGGGGGGGUUAGUGCUAUGGGUCCGAAUAUUGUUCCCAUUUAAGGUCUGGGCGGUUUACUGGCGAAAGAGAUGCUGGGGCAAGGGAACCUAUUCAUUACCUAGCUUUUGGGGGAUAGUUCAAGAGAAUCUAUGUUUGGGAUCAGGAUGAAGAGCAAUAACCUUGGAGGUGUGUCAGACAACACAAAUAUACUGGUUUUGUUGAUCGUUCUUGUUUGUUAUCA